CGAGCCAGCUGGACGAUGGAGCCCUGGCUGGUGGCCGACGGGCCGAAGCUGCUGCUGUGGGGCGCGGAGACGGCCGCGUACCUGGCGGGGGCCACCCUCCUGCUGAGCCUGCUGCAGCUGCUGGCGAAGUACGCGCAGAAAUGGCAGCAAAUGAGGGCCAUCCCCACCGUGGCGUACGCCUUCCCGCUGGUGGGCCACUCGCUGCUGAUGAAGGCGGACGGGCAAGAAUUUUUUCAGCAGAUAAUUCAAUACUCUGAAGAAUACCGAGACCGGCCACUGCUGAAACUCUGGGUUGGGCCAAUUCCAAUGGUAGCCCUUUAUCGCGCAGAAAAUGUGGAGGUAAUUUUAACUAGUUCAAAGCAAAUUGACAAAUCUUAUAUGUACAAGUUUCUAGAGCCAUGGCUUGGCCAAGGACUUCUUACAAGUACCGGGAACAAAUGGCGUGCCAGGAGAAAAAUGUUGACUCCCACUUUCCAUUUUACAAUUUUGGAAGAUUUCUUAGAUGUUAUGAAUGAGCACGCAAAUGUAUUGGUUAAAAAGCUGGAAAAACAUGUUAACCAGGAAGCAUUUAACUGCUUUUUUUAUAUCACUCUCUGUGCCUUGGAUAUAAUCUGUGAAACAGCUAUGGGGAAGAACAUCGGUGCUCAAAACAAUGGUGAUUCUGACUAUGUCCGUGCUGUUUAUAGAAUGAGUGACAUCACACUCCGAAGAAUGAAGAUGCCCUGGUUUUGGCCUGAUCUUUGGUACCUACUGUUUAAAGAAGGACGGGAACACAGAAGGAGCCUUAAGAUCCUACAUAGUUUUACCAAUAAUGUCAUCACUGAACGGGUCAGUCAAAUGAAGGCAGAGGAAGAAGGGAGAGACGAUCAGGAUGGAAUUAAACGCCGGGCUUUUCUUGACUUACUCUUGGGUGCAAUUGAUGAGGAGGGGAAGAAGCUGAGUCAUGAAGACAUUCGAGAAGAGGUGGACACCUUCAUGUUUGAGGGCCAUGAUACAACCGCAGCUGCAAUAAACUGGUCCUUAUACCUAUUGGGGUGCUAUCCGGAAGCCCAGAAGAAGGUGGACAAUGAGCUGGACGAAGUGUUUGGUACGUUUGGGCCCUUCAUUCGUUACACUGUGGGUACCAAGUGCACUAAGACUUAUGUCAUUCAUUUUCAUGGAGGGCAGGCAGUAGGUGCAAUCUAAAUACAGAAUACAGGA